UCAGAGCAGAUGGAUACACCCUUAUGAGCUGAGGGACACUAACAAGGUUUUGAUACUGGAUGAGAGUGAAGUGAUGGAUAUAGUGGAUGGAUAUGUAGGAUAUGGGUGUCAGGCAUCCCGAGGCCUUUCAUCAGAGCAGCCAGCACACUAUCACAGCAGGAGAAGAAAACACAGGUGAACUGGCACAAUGAGGCUCUCUUCAGCCAGGACAGCCCUCAUCUUCCUUCUGAUUCAAGGAGCAUCAAGAGCCUGCACAGUGAAGAAACUGGGCAGCAGCACAGGAAGAUUUGCCAACGCCACAUUAGUGCGGCUAUCUGAGUUUUUGAGUGCGGGAUAUAAGAAGGGAGUGAGACCAGUGAAAGACUGGAGGACGUCCACUAUAGUGGCCAUAGACCUCAUGGUUUACUCCAUCCUCAAUGUGGAUGAGAAGAACCAGGUUUUGACAACAUAUGUGUGGUACAGACAGUCAUGGACGGAUGAAUUCCUGGUGUGGAACCCAGAAGACUUUGAUGAAGUCAAACAGGUUUCUUUACCUACCAGUAACGUGUGGGUGCCCGACAUCCUCAUCAAUGAGUUUGUAGAUGUGGGGAAGUCUCCGGACAUACCUUAUGUCUAUGUGACACAUGAUGGACUGGUGCGCAACUACAAACCUAUCCAGGUGGUCACAGCCUGCACGCUCAACAUCUACAACUUCCCAUUUGAUGUCCAGAAAUGCAGCCUCACCUUCCAGAGCUGGCUACAUACCAUUGAUGACAUCAACAUCACCCUGAUGCGCAGCCCUGAGGAGCUCAGGGAGGACAAGAGUGUCUUCAUGAACCAAGGAGAGUGGGAGCUGCUUCAUAUACUGUCCAACUACAAGAUCUUCAGUGUGGACAAUGACGACUAUUAUGCUGAGAUGAAGUUUCAUGUGGUGAUCCGACGGCGGCCGCUGUUCUACACUGUGAACCUGCUGCUGCCCAGCAUCUUCUUGAUGGUGAUGGACAUUGUGGGUUUCUACCUGCCACCAGACAGUGGAGAGAGGGUUUCCUUCAAGAUCACUUUGCUGCUGGGCUACUCGGUCUUCCUCAUCAUUGUAUCUGACACUCUGCCUGCCACCGCCAUAGGAACCCCUCUGAUAGGUGUGUACUUUGUGGUGUGCAUGGCCCUGCUGGUGAUCAGCCUGACAGAAACCGUGCUGAUUGUACGUCUGGUCCACAAGCAAGACCUGCAGCCACCUGUGCCCCACUGGGUGAAGUACUUGGUGCUGGAAAGAGCUCCAGUCCUCUUCUGCAUCCACAGAAGCACCGCCUCUGCUCCACGCUGUCCUCUCAGGGCGCCGACCUGGAGCACUACAAAGACAACAGCUAUGGGACUGGUAAGCCACCAUGACAGAGAAGGUGGGCUGCUCGGACUGGGCCUGGCCCCCUCCAGGGACCACACCCCGCCUGUCAUGGACAACAUCCUGCAAGAAGUGACAGCGAUACGCCACUUCCUGGAGAAGAGGGACAGGUGCCGGGAAGUUGCCAAGGAGUGGCUGCAGGUGGGCUACGUGCUGGACGUGCUGCUCUUCAGAGUCUACUUGGUGGCUGUGGUGGCCUACAGCAUCACACUGGGCACGCUGUGGUCAGUGUGGCAGGUCGCCUGAGUCUCACCGCUGCACUGCUGUGGACACAAGCUCAGUGGGUGGAGCGUUGAAUUCAAAAGGCCUGAGUUAUUGGCUUUCUAACCUGUGUUGCUCAGAGGAUACAGGGAGGCACUUGCAUAGUCAUGGAACAGGGAAAGGCUUGGGGCUGGGGCCUAUGUACAAAGGUUAAUUAACCAACUAGGUUUCCCACUAUAUCCUUACACAUUUUAAUAUUAUAACCGGCAUCGUUUUAGGUUGGUUUAGCAAGUUUUGAAGUCCCAUGAUGCGAUUGCAAUCUAUGAAAUUUUUAGGGACAGCUUAAGGCUUUUUGAGAUGCCCAAGCAGAAAUGCCCAUAGACACUUAUAAAUGCCAUUCUUAUUCAUCAUUAUGAAGGCUUAAAAGGAUAACAGUAGUGGUAACAGAACAGACAUGCACACUUUAGCUAAGGGAACCACUUUAAUGAUAUCAGCCCAUCUCCCUAUAAGAAAAAAACACACAAAUGAGUUUACAAUAAAAUCAACAAACAUCAACCAAUACAUUGACCUGGUAAAACAUAUCUGUUAAGUAUAAUGUAAUUUUUAUAUAAAGUGCAAAUGUACAUUUAUUUACUUGAACUGUGUGAAAAAAGGAAAACUUGCAACACAAGCAUCACUUACUUGUUUCAUGCAUUUUGGUGGCCGUGGAGCCCAGAAAAACAAUUACAGUAGAUUGUGAAUGUCUUGGUCUGGUUGUGUUUAGAAGAAUAAAAGUCUUGGAAGAAGGUUUUGGGAUGAAAUUAGCCCAAAAAAAAAAAUUUACAUAUUGACGAUGGCCGCAAUAAUUACUGUCUUUUGAAGGCUACAUUGGUUAAAACAUGAAAAGAAAAACCAGACAAUUUGUUGCACGUCAAACCUGGAGAGAUCAGCAUUAACGAUGCCUACAGUUUAGGAACAACAUUUGGACUUAGAGACAAGUUGGUGAGCAGCAGGGUAUUCGUACAUUAUCAAGCUUCUGUUGCAGUGUAAAACAUCUGUAUAAAUACAUAAAAUAUGGAUCAAUAAGAAAUUUACAUAA